UCUCUAAUCUCCUGUUUAACUCGUAUUUACAACUCUGCCCCCUUCUUUCUUGCGCAAAAGGUCAGAAGCCAAACGAGACACCCGAAUAAUAGUGAGGAAAAAAAAUCGAAGCGAGGACCCCGCGAGAUGGCGAUGGCGAGCCUGGCGAGGAGGCGGGCGGCAGAUGCCUUGCUGCGGCGGCCGCAGGCGGCGGCCUGGGCGUCGGCGCUCAGGGCGUACGCGGCGUCGGGGGAGGAGAGCGACGUGGUGGUGAUCGGCGGCGGGCCUGGCGGGUACGUGGCGGCAAUCAAGGCGGCGCAGAUGGGGCUCAAGACCACCUGCAUCGAGAAGAGGGGCACCCUGGGUGGCACCUGCCUCAACGUCGGCUGCAUCCCCUCCAAGGCUCUUCUUCAUUCGUCACACAUGUACCAUGAGGCAAAGAGUUCUUUUGCGCACCAUGGUGUAAAGUUUUCUAAUCUGGAAAUAGAUCUGCCUGCCAUGAUGUCGCAGAAAGACAAGGCUGUUGCUGGUCUUACAAAAGGUAUUGAAGGGCUGUUCAAGAAGAACAAAGUUGACUACGUGAAAGGAUUUGGGAAGUUUGUUUCCCCUUCUGAGGUAUCUGUGGAUUUGAUUGAUGGUGGGAGCACUACUGUCAAAGGAAAGAACAUAAUCAUUGCUACUGGCUCAGAUGUGAAAUCGCUCCCUGGAGUUACUAUAGAUGAGAAAAAGAUUGUAUCAUCUACUGGUGCUCUUGCCCUUCAAGAAAUACCAAAGAAGUUGGUGGUUAUUGGAGCUGGAUACAUAGGUUUAGAAAUGGGUUCUGUUUGGAACAGGCUAGGGUCUGAGGUUACUGUUGUAGAAUUUGCUCCUGAGAUUGUCCCAUCAAUGGAUGGAGAGAUUCGGAAGCAGUUCCAGCGUAUGUUGGAGAAGCAAAAAAUGAAGUUCAUGCUCAAGACAAAGGUAGUUGGGGUUGAUACUUCUGGGAGCGGUGUUAAGUUAACUGUGGAGCCUGCAGCUGGUGGAGAGCAGAGUGUGCUUGAUGCUGAUAUUGUCCUGGUAUCUGCUGGCAGAACUCCAUACACUGCUGGUCUUGGGUUGGACACCAUCGGUGUCGAGAUGGACAAGGGUGGAAGAAUCCUUGUUGACAAGCGCUUUAUGACAAAUGUUAAUGGGGUAUAUGCGAUUGGUGAUGCAAUUCCUGGACCCAUGCUUGCACACAAAGCGGAAGAAGAUGGGGUAGCAUGCGUUGAGUUUAUCGCUGGAAAGGAGGGUCAUGUAGAUUAUGAUACUGUACCAGGUGUGGUGUAUACACACCCUGAGGUGGCCUCUGUUGGCAAGACGGAGGAACAAGUGAAGGCAUCAGGAAUUGCCUACCAGGUAGGGAAGUUCCCUCUCAUGGCAAACAGCCGUGCAAAGGCGAUUGACGAUGCUGAAGGGUUGGUGAAGGUGGUGGCUGAGAAGGAAACUGACAGAGUCCUCGGCGUGCACAUCAUGGCCCCCAAUGCCGGUGAGAUCAUCCAUGAGGCUGUGCUUGCACUUCAGUAUGGAGCGUCAAGUGAGGACAUCGCCCGUACAUGUCAUGCUCAUCCUACGGUGAGUGAGGCCCUGAAGGAAGCUUGCCUUCAGACUUACACGAAGGCAAUCCACAUCUGAUUCCAGAGACGAUUUCAACUGCAAGCUGAGCUCAGAAUGCUUCCUGAGAUUUUGGAAUAAUUUUGUAUGGAUGUGGUCUUGGAACAUCUACCUUUGCCCUUUUUUUUCCUCGGGAAACUGUGAAUUGUCUCCCUUGCUGCAGAAUAUAGUCUACGCUGUCAAAUUCUCUUCCUUCGUUGCUGCUGUAUUUUCCCCUACUCCCAAAUAAUGUUUCAAAACUGCAGCUCUCUUCUUUGUUGCUCCUGCACCAGUUCGCCCAAAACUGGUGUGGCUUGUACACCAUAGACUAGGUUUCAUUUCUGUUGAUACCUGGGAGAAGAAUAACAUGGUGGUAUACCCUUUCGCAGUGGGUUUGUGCCUUUCAUCCACUGCACUCUUUGAUUCUCCAAA